GUAAUUUCAGGCCAGACUUGCUGGACAAAUUGCACCAAACCAUGUGGCGGAGGAACCCAAGUCACGUGUGCAAGUUACAUUGUGGUAACGAGAGCCUGCAAUACAAUGCGGUGUCCAGGUGAGCGGCUUGUUUAUUGGUUAAUAUUUUUGUUUGUUAUGAGCUAUUUUAUGUGGAGCAAGUCAAAUAAAUAGAAAAUUACAGAAAAGCGGUUUUGUGGUAUUGACCAUUGUUUCAAUUUAGGCAACUUAGGCCCGGAUCAAAUCAAACUUUGCAUGAGCGGCCGAACCUUAUGUUGGGGCCGUCUGGAAGAGUAUUCCCGAGAUCCGGGAUUUGACCAAAAUACAUUGCGGGAUUCGGGAAAAAUUAAAUGGGAUACGGGAUUUAAGCAAAAUACAUUGCGGGAUUCGGGAAACAUUAAAUGGGAUACGGGAUUUAAGCAAAAUACAUUGCGGGAUUCGGGAAACGUUAAAUGGAAUCUGGAUUUGACCAAAAUAACAGUGCGGGAUUCGGGAAACGUUAAACGGGAUACGGAAUUUGACCAAAAUACAGUGCAGGAUGCUGAAUUGAGAAAGAAAACGAUAUUUGGGAUGGCGAUGACAGUCGCACUUCGGGAUGCGGAAUUCUCGUGAAAAAGGAGCAAGAAUGUGGGAUGAAGACGUCCCUGCUUACCAGACCCUAUUAGUAGUUUGACCUGGACCUUCUAUUGGCUAAUUUCAUUAUAACAUGAAGGUGAUCCAGAAUGGACAAAGUGCACCUUAACAUGCGGAGGAGGUAUGCAGACAAACGUCGACAACAGUAGUAUUGUACGAACGUGCAAUACCAUGUCAUGUCCAGGUAAAUAUGCAUAUACUGUUAGUGAACUUUAUAAAAGUGAUGCUGGCAAUGAUCUUAGCAACCAAUACAGUUAAGCAACCAAUACGUUUGGUGCGCGCAGAAACAUGAGCAAGGCUCACACGUUAAAGAAAGCAUAACUAUGGUAAAAUUCUCGGCUUAGCCAAAUAGGAGUUGUAAAGAAACCACGCGAGGGUAUGAACAAAAAGGUUAUUGUAGUAAAGUAAACGAAAGCUUCAACAAUCCAGUUUCUACCUUAUGAUUACUUAUGACGGUCCUUGUGGCCACCUCAUAGACUGGACAAGAUCAAGCAUACUAGCCUCUGUCCUCUCUGUCCUCUAAACCUGGGAGCCGUUUCGACUCUACACAUUCUAUAUAUUCCUUUACACUUGUAAUUCGUACCUGAAUACAGCUAAGAAGUAUAGUUGCACUUUUAUUUUAAACUGGUUGCAGGAGAUGCAGGUUGCCUUUCGGCUUACCUGAGCUUCGAGCACGUCUACAACAAUAUUGUUUAUGACGAAUCUCACAACGGCAAUGCUGGGACUAUGAACGGUUGCGCGCGCAUCGUAAAUAACGGCAGAUUCGGAAAGGGACUUCAACUAAGCAAAGACGGUAAUGUGACAUUUGAUGUGGAACGUUUUCACAAUCGUCCAACGGACGCCAUUACGGUAUCUCUGUGGCUUAAUUUAUCGCAGAUCAAUGGAUCGCAUGAAUUGUUCUUUGCUUGUGGCAUGCCUGAACUUUACAAUAUGGGUGACUACCACUUUGCCAUUGACAACGGAAGAGUUCGAUGGUUUGAAGAACUGCCAGGAGACAACAUGCGAUUCAAUAUUUCCUCAAGUAAGCAAACUUUAGGCACUGUUUUUUUUAACAAGCAAAAACUUAGAUUGUUUUGGUUAAGCAGUAACAAGAGAAAAUUAAACGCUAGUAAAGGAGCCUAUUCAUGCUGAACAUAACCACAAAGGAGGAAAACCAGACGUUUCGAGGGUGCUUCUUCUUCUUUAUUGGUUUAGAGGAUGCAUGAAGUUGCCUUUAAACCGCUGAAGAAGAGGGAGAACCCUCGAAACGUCUGCUUUUCCUCCCAUUUUUUAACGCGCAACGUGGAAAACUUUGUCAUUCUCACGAUGAAUUGCAUUGAGCUAAUUCUUAUAUUUUUUGUAACAAAUAAUCAUAAGCUUUCAAGGGAUUAUACGUAACCUCGCCGAAGUGAUUCUCAACCAGUGUAAGUUUUUGGGGGGGUUUUGGCACUCACGAUGUAGGUUGUUAUAAUGCCCUAUAUUGUUGACUACUGAGGCUCUUAUCAAAACGGUCAUAUUUGCUAGUCUGUUGGUAACGAAAAACGAAAAACGAAAAAUUAAACAUUUUCUAUUUCAGAUGGAGCAAUUCUAAGCAAUAACUGGUACCACAUUGCUGGAAGCUAUCGUAAGUCAAACGGCAGGGCUCGACUAUAUAUUAACGGACGUCUAGCAAAUGAACUAAUACUUGCUACGCCCCUAAAAAGGACAGUGGUUCCUGUUCCCAAUAACUCCAUGCAAGCGCAGUGGAAGUGUGCCAGUCUUGGGGCUUCAAGGGAAGAAAGACCCUUGCAAGGCAUUAUAGAUGAAUUUCGUAUAUUCAAAUGUGAGCUUCUACCUGAGGAAAUCAUGGAUUUGUACAGCAAGAACUCUGUAAAGAGAUUCAAAAUCCCUCUGCGGCCUAGACAUAAACUACCAUGGAAUUUUUUGACGCAAGAAAAAAACUGA